AUGGCACAUUCAAAUCAAAGUAUAUGUUUAACAUUACCAAAAAGUAUAACAAAACAAAUUAGUACAUGUGAAAAUAGUGAACAAUAUAUUACAAAUUUUCUACAAAAUGCACUGCCUUCUUCUGAUGUAUGUUCAAUAGCAGAAGAAUUAAGAAAGUCAUUGAUACUUGUUAAACAUAAAAGUAAAUGGAAUAAGGAAAAAAGAUGUAAAGGAAAGUUAUUAACUAGUAGAAAACGUAUGCAACUUGGUUUACGUAAAAUUAGUUGCAAGAGUGACAUGAAGUAUAUAGAUUUAUUACCAUUGAAUCAGUUAUGGUUAAGCUAUAUACAACAAGUACUGGGUACCAAAUUUCUUAAGAAUAUUCCAAAAGAUCCUAUUGAUCCAAAUUGGGAAAAUAUUAAUCAACAGUUAAUUAAAAUAGAUUUUCAUGGUGCUGAAAUUUUCAUUAUUGCAUCAAAAUGCCCUAGUUUCAUUGGAUUAAGUGGUAUAGUUAUUCAAGAUACAAAAAAUACCUUUAGAAUUUGUGGAAAGGAUAAUAUUAUGCGAACAAUACCCAAGGAUGUUGUUAUUAUAAAUAUUUAUUUAAUGGAAAUAAGAUUAGAAUUCUUUGGUAAAGAUCUUUGUAUAAGACCUACCGAGCGAACAAUAAAAAAGUUUAAAUGUGGACGUGUAUAUGAACUGUAA